UUUGUUGCCUUGUUAAUUAAUAAUUAAACAACUGUUUUAAACCAAAACCACCCUUCUCCUCUCUCCUCGCCCACACUAUCACCCAAGCAAAGCAGAUCUUUCUCAAUCAUUUCCUCUUUCCUUUCAUUUCUCUCCACGACGAAUAGCACAAUCCUCCAAAUGGCUCUCAUUCCGUCGGAAAACGGCGUCGACGGAGACGACGAGCGGGAAGAGGAUGAAGAAGAUGAGGAGGAGGAAGAAGAAGAUGAGGAUGAGGAGGAAGAAGAACCCAGGCUCAAGUAUCAGAGAAUGGGAGGUAGUGUUCCCACGCUACUAUCUAAUGAUGCGGCGUCGUGUAUUGCGGUGGCGGAGCGCAUGAUCGCGCUUGGUACACUCGACGGUACCGUUUAUAUCCUCGAUUUCCUUGGCAACGAGGUUAAGGAAUUUCCUGCUCAUACUGCUGCAGUUAAUGACCUUAGCUUUGAUAUAGAAGGUGAAUAUAUAGGAAGCUGUUCAGAUGAUGGGUCUGUUGUAAUACAUAGCCUUUUCACCGAUGAGAAAAUGAAGUUUGAUUAUCAUCGUCCAAUGAAGGCUAUUGCUUUGGACCCUGAAUAUUCUAGAAAAACAUCUAGAAGAUUUGUAGCUGGUGGUUUAGCUGGUCAUUUGUAUUUUAAUUGGAAAAAAUGGCUGGGCUAUCGAGACCAGGUUUUGCACUCUGGUGAAGGUCCAAUACAUGCUGUAAAGUGGAGAACAAGUCUCAUUGCAUGGGCUAAUGAUGCAGGUGUGAAAGUUUAUGAUGCUGCCAAUGAUCAGCGAAUAACAUUCAUUGAAAGACCACGAGGAAGUCCACGUCCUGAGCUUUUGCUCCCUCACUUAGUUUGGCAGGACGAUACCCUGUUGGUUAUUGGCUGGGGAACAUCUGUGAAAAUUGCAUCAAUAAGAACAAGUGAGAAUAAAGGAACCAAUGGGACAUAUAGGCAAAUUCCAGCGGCUAGUAUGAACAGGGUGGAUAUUGUGGCAUCUUUUCAAACCAGCUAUUAUAUUUCAGGAAUUGCUCCUUUUGGUGAUUCUUUGGUUGUUCUAGCUUAUAUUCCUGGAGAAGAAGAUGGAGAGAAGGAAUUUAGCAGCACCAUUCCAUCGAGACUGCAGGGUAAUGCACAGAGGCCUGAAGUACGUGUAGUUACAUGGAAUAAUGAUGAACUUGCAACAGAUGCCCUACCUUUGCAUGGAUUUGAGCAUUACAAGGCAAAAGACUAUUCCCUUGCUCAUUCUCCUUUCUCAGGAAGCAGCUAUGCUGGUGGUCAAUGGGCUGCUGGUGAUGAACCAUUGUACUACAUUGUAUCCCCAAAGGAUGUGGUUAUUGCAAAACCAAGGGAUGCUGAAGAUCACAUUGCAUGGCUGCUACAACAUGGUUGGCAUGAAAAAGCUUUAGCAGCAGUUGAAGCAGGUCAGGCUCGAAGUGAACUCCUUGAUGAGGUGGGAUCUAGAUAUCUUGAUCAUUUGAUUGUGGAAAGGAAAUAUGCUGAAGCUGCAUCUUUGUGUCCCAAAUUGUUACAAGGAUCUGCAUCAGCAUGGGAGAGGUGGGUUUUCCAUUUUGCUCACCUCCGUCAGCUUCCUGUAUUGGUUCCAUAUAUACCAACAGAAAACCCAAGACUGCGUGAUACUGCUUAUGAGGUUGCUCUAGUAGCACUGGCAACAAAUUCAUCUUUUCAUAAGGAUCUUUUGUCAACUGUUAAAUCUUGGCCACCUGUGAUUUAUUCUACAUUACCUGUCAUUUCUGCCAUAGAACCUCAGCUAAACACCUCUUCCAUGACCGAUGCACUUAAAGAGGCAUUAGCAGAGUUAUAUGUAAUUGAUGGGCAAUAUGAGAAAGCCUGUUCACUUUAUGCUGAUCUUAUGAAACCAGAUAUAUUUGAAUUCAUUGAAAAACACAACUUACAUGACGCUAUUUGUGAAAAGGUUGUCCAAUUGAUGAUGCUGGAUUGGAAGCGUGCCGUAUCUUUGUUUAUCCAAAACAAGGACCUAAUUCCUCCAGCUGAAAUUGUCUCACAACUGCUGGCUGCCAGAAAUAAGUGUGAUUCAAGAUAUUUCUUGCAUGUAUAUCUCCGUUCAUUAUUUGAGGCAAAUCCACAUGCUGGAAAGGAUUUUCAUGAUAUGCAGGUAGAACUUUAUGCAGAUUAUGAUCCAAAAAUGCUACUUCCUUUUCUCCGUAGCAGCCAACAUUACACACUUGAGAAGGCAUACGAUAUUAGCGUCAAAAGAGAUCUUUUGAGGGAGCAAGUCUUCAUACUUGGAAGAAUGGGAAACUCAAAAAAGGCCCUAGCUGUCAUCAUAAACAAAUUAGGAGAUAUUGAAGAGGCUGUAGAAUUUGUAACCAUGCAGCAUGAUGAUGAACUUUGGGAAGAAUUGAUUAAGCAGUGCCUUAACAAACCUGAAAUGGUAGGAGUUCUGUUGGAGCAUACUGUUGGCAAUCUCGACCCCCUAUACAUUGUAAAUCUGGUACCUAAUGGCUUGGAAAUUCCUCGCCUUAGGGAUUGCCUAGUCAAAAUUAUUACUGAUUACAGAACUGAAACAUCUCUUAGACACGGGUGCAAUGAUAUUCUUAAGGCUGAUUGUGUGAACCUCUUGGUCAAAUACUACAAGGAAGCAAGACGGGCAGUUUGCUUAAGUAGUGAAGGAGAGGAUGCACGGGCGAAAAGUGAUGGUAGGAGGGAUUCUCAGGUAACUGAGAGAGCAUUAAGCAUGAGAACAAUGGAGGUCAAGUCAAAAACAAGAGGAGAUUCAAGAUGUUGCAUGUGUUUUGAUCCCUUCUCUAUACAAAACGUUUCAGUCAUUGUAUUCUUUUGCUGUCAUGCUUAUCACAUGACUUGUUUAAUGGAUUCCAUGCAUAGUGUUAGUGAUCAAAAAGGUAGUGAAGAAAAUGAUGAGUAUGAAGAAGAAGAUGAAGGCGAUGAUACCCAUGCUGGUGUUCCUCGAUUGCGAUGCAUUUUGUGUACUACUGCUGCCAGUUGAGAUGGAACGUUGGUUUUCUUUAUCCGAGUCCCUUUUCUGUUUGGCUGGGGAGUGGGGAAGGGGUUGGAAUUGUGCUAGUUUUCACCAUUUUAUCAGGCUUUUCUUUCCUUUUUUCCCCCUUCAUUUUUUCGUGUUAAUAUAUGAUAAUGGCGGUAUUCAUCAGCUUGCCAUUUUUGGUCGAGUUUCAAUUGCUGUAUUAUAAUCUUUUUUUUUUUUUUAUAUAUAUAAAUUAGAAAUGUAAAAGCUUUAAUUUUACAUGGAAGGGUAUGCCUGGUGUGUUUGGACAAAGGUGCAUAUCGAGUUAAAUGACCCAAAAUAUUGCUUGUGAGCAUAACUCCAGACUUGCUAUCAUCCUCUGAAGUCUCAAUUGGUCAGCUAAUACAAGUAGUGGACCUCUCAUUCUAAUUCAAAGCUCUCCUACCCGUGCGGGAAGGUUUCCAAAAUUCAUAAAAUCUGUGGAUUGGUGUGAAUAGCAAAUGUAAUAUUUUUUUUCCAAAAUAUUUAUGUCAUUUUU